CUUCCAUGUGGGCUAGGCUGUCCCUGCAAUUAGGUGGGCAGAAUAGAGCUGCCCCAGUGAGUUCCAGCCGGUAUCUGCAGGGCAGAGUUUUUCUCCCUGAUAAUAUUGUUUUGGGCGGUGCUCCCAUCCAACUUGCCUUUCUCUGACCUGAACCGGCUUUCGGCUCUUAUAAAGGCAGGAUGUCUUGGCUCUGCUCAGUUCUUGCUCCGCUGGGGUCAAAGGCUUUGCCAAGGAGGGAAGAGGUGUGCUGAAGACAGGGGUGUUUGCCCAGGCUCAGGAUGUCCAAAGCAAGUGCCCUGGGUGCAAGCGGCAGUUGUCGAGCUGAAAGGAAAGACGGCCUGACUCUGCAAGCUGAGGGGACAAGCAACAGCAAUGGAGGAGAGCAGGAGCCCCCCAGCAGGAAUUCUGUGGUCAUCUGCCAAGCAGUUGGGAGAAGUAUCUUCACCUCCAGCAUCUCACCAGCAGCAGAGAGAGUGAGCCUUAUGCUGAAACAGGAGGAGGAGGAGGCGGAGGUGGUGGAGGAGAAGAAUGAAGGCACAAAUUGCCCCGUGCUAUUUAUACAGCUCUCAGAGCUCUUCAGUACCCCUGAAGGACUGGAAUGGAGGCAAACCGCCAGGUGGAUAAAGUUUGAAGAGAAAGUGGAAGAUGGAGGAGAGCGCUGGAGCAAGCCUCACGUGACAACGCUCUCCCUUCACAGCCUGUUUGAGCUACGGACAUGUAUCAAGAGAGGAGCUGUCCUGCUGGAUUUGGAAGCUCGCAGUUUUAAGCAAAUACUUGAAAAGGUGAUUGGAAUCCAAAUAGAGAACCACGCCCUCAGGCCAGAGCUCUCAAAGAAACUCAUGUAUGUCUUGCUCCUCAAGCCCCAGCACCACAUCACCAAAUCUCAGCUGAGGAUGCUGGUUGAGAUGGGUGUGGCCUCCUGCUCCGACAAAGCUAACAGCCGCUCAGAUCUAGUGGGUGAGGUCUCAGAGGUGCCCCUAAAGGAACAACUUAAUAAUCACUUCAAGAAGAAGAUUCCAGCUGGGACUGAAGUGGCCAACAUUCUUGUAGGAGAAGCCAGCUUCCUGGAGAAACCUUUUGUCGCUUUUGUACGUCUGCAGGAACCAGUGCUUCUCGGGGGCUUAACAGAAGUUGCUUUCCCUAGCAGGUUCCUCUUUAUCCUCCUGGGUCCCAGAGCCAAAGUGAAGGCUUACCAUGAAAUUGGCAGGGCUGUGGCUACUCUCCUGACAGACGAGCUUUUCCAGAGGGUUGCCCGGAAAGCAAGAGACGCAGAAGAUCUCACAGCAGGAAUUGAUGAGUUUCUGGAUGAACUGACUGUCCUACCCCCGGGAAAAUGGGACCCAACCACUCGAAUUGCCCCCCCAAAAUGCUUGCCCUCACCACAGAAGAGGAUCUCCUUGCACUUCCGCGAGUGGAAUCCUCACUCGAGUGGGCACUUGUCUGCCGCGGACGAGCGUCAUCCCCAUGGGCAUCAGCACGUCAGUGAAGAGCUGAAGAGGACCGGAAGACUGUUUGGAGGGUUACUGAAGGAUAUCCAGAGGAAAGCCCACUGGUACUGCAGCGAUUUCUACGAUGCCCUCAGCAUCCAGUGCCUUUCAGCCAUCCUGUACAUCUACCUGGCCACAGUCACCAACGCCAUCACCUUUGGAGGGAUGCUGGGAGAUGCAACGGACAACAUGCAGGGUGUGCUGGAGAGUUUCCUGGGAACUGCUUUCGCAGGAGCCUUUUUCUGCCUGUUUUCUGGUCAGCCUCUCACCAUCCUAAGCAGUACUGGGCCUGUCCUCGUCUUUGAGCGGCUUCUUUUCUCCUUCAGCAAAGAAUACAGCUUGGAUUACUUAGAAUUCCGCCUCUGGAUUGGCCUCUGGGUGGCCUUCUUUGGCCUCAUACUGGUGGCUACCGAAGCCAGUUACUUGGUGCAGUAUUUCACACGCUUCACCGAAGAAGGCUUCUGCGCCCUCAUCAGCUUCAUUUUCAUCUAUGAUGCAGUUAAGAAGAUGCUGUCUCUGGUGGAACACUACCCAGUCAACUGGGACUACAAGAUCAGUGAUGUUACCUUGUACAGCUGCACCUGCCGGGUGCCAGAGAGAGACAACUCUUCUCUUCUGAACGAGACACUGUUCCCUACCUUCAGCAGUUUGGGCGAGCAGUCGGAGUCUGGGAACUGGUCCCUGCUGACCAAGCAAGAGUGUGUGCAACUCGGAGGCCACCUAGUGGGCAACAGCUGCAACUACGUGCCUGACAUCACUUUCAUGUCUUACAUUCUGUUCCUGGGAACAUUUCUCUGCUCUAUGGCCUUAAAGAACUUCAAGACCAGCCGCUAUUUCCCCGCAGCUCUGAGGAGGCUGGUGGGCGACUUCUCCAUCAUCCUGGCUAUCCUCAUAUUCUGUGGAAUCGAUGCUGCCCUUGGAUUGGAUACUCCGAAGCUCAUUGUGCCCAACACAUUCAAGCCUACAAACCCUGAGAGAGGCUGGGUUGUGUUUCCGUUUGGCGCAAACUCCUGGUGGAUAUGCUUGGCAUCGUCAGUGCCUGCCAUUUUGGUCAUUAUCCUCAUCUUCAUGGACCAGCAAAUAACAGCUGUCAUUCUCAACCGCAAGGAGUAUAAGCUUCAGAAAGGGGCAGGAUUUCACCUGGAUUUCUUCUGCGUUUCCCUACUGAUGAUCUUCACCUCCGUGCUGGGUUUGCCCUGGUAUGUGUCGGCCACAGUCAUUUCUUUGGCCCACAUGGACAGCCUUAAGAAGGAGAGCACCACUUGUGCUCCAGGGGAGCAGCCGAAGUUCCUUGGAAUCAGGGAGCAAAGGGUGACAGGUCUGGUGGUCUUCAUCCUUACAGGAUUGUCUGUGUUUUUGGCACCUGUACUCAAGUUUAUCCCAAUGCCUGUGCUGUAUGGCAUCUUCCUCUACAUGGGUGUGUCUGCACUCAGCAGCAUUCAGCUCACAGACAGACUCCAGCUCUUGCUCAUGCCUGCCAAACACCAGCCGGACUUCAUUUAUCUCCGUCAUGUUCCUCUACGCCAAGUGCAUCUCUUCACCUUCAUCCAAGUGCUCUGCCUGGCUGUUUUGUGGAUCAUUAAAUCGACGGCAGCUGCCAUUAUCUUCCCAUUAAUGCUGCUGGCUCUAGUGGGUAUACGGAAGGCAAUGGAGUACAUCUUCUCCUUACAUCACCUGGCUUGGCUGGAUGACAUCAUGCCAGAAAAGGACAGGAAAGAAGAAGAAGAAGAGCUGAAGAGGAAGCAAGAUCAGGAUGAGAGUGACAAUGAGGAUUCUGAACUUAUGUACCAAGAAAAAGGACCAGAAAUCAACAUCUCUGUGAACUGAACAGCCUGAGACUCACCAGCGGACAAUGCAAAAGAUGACCAUGUGUGAUAUGUAAGGAUGGGCCUCCUUUAGGAAUUAGGGCCCGUGGGAAAUAUUUGCCAAAUCACAGAAUAAAUGCUAAGAGGGAACGCUUAAGGGAUAAUAAGAAUAGGAUGUCCCAAUUUUCAUUGGAGAAAUGUUGGAGGGUAUGAGAAAUACCUGUAAACAUGGCCAGAACAGAAAAGGCUGUGGAGGGCAAGGGAAGAGGGAUGAAAAAAACUCUCUCCAAAUACAUUCCAUCAGUCUCUGCCCAGCGCUAUGGAUGUAAGUGGCAGAAUAGCAAUAAAUAUCCAUGACUAUAAAAGAGGGAAUGCAUGGAAGCUAACACACCAAACAUCCAUACAGAGAGAACUUGGGUCUGAACUUCUGUUAGGAGGCUCACAUCUGGAAGUAUCUGCUUUUUUCUUCUUCUUUUUUUAAUGGCAGCACUUCUUCACUUGCGAGAUAAGGGCUAAAUCUGCUCUCUGUCCAGGUAAACCCAAUGUUUAGAGGGGAGGAAUGUUCCUCAAAUAUGUUUUUAAUUGUAGCCCCUUUAUUUGUCCUAGAGCAGGGCCAAAUUUGAUGAAGUGAACAUGCAUGAGGGCCGACCAAAGUUGUUGACCUUUUUUUUACGAUCUUACCCCAGAGUUGUUGAGUUUUUUAUUGGAUUGAAUUUGUUGAGCUUUUUUUAGUAUUUUACCCCAGGAGAUAUACUUCCACAGGGCCCAGAUUAAACUGACUGGCAGGCCGGAUUAGGGCCCCUUCGGACAUGCCUAUCCUAGAGAAUGAAAUGCGUCCUGUUGAGCAUAGCUGCCAAGUCUCCCGUUUUCCCUGGGAAAUCCCCGUUUUUCCAGCUGUUCCUAGCUGAAAAAAACGGAUUUUUUUGUUUUUUCUCGGUUUAUUCUGGCGCAGCGGCCAUUUUGGAACUGGGCGGAGCAU